UUCUGUGCUUUUUGAUCGACCAUGCCUCCUAUUCCAGUCGUAAACGGUGAUGUUGGCGAGAAGCUGGCAAAUGAAUCGGCGUCUAGCGAAAGCCUUGACCAGUCGAAUUCCUUCGACAAAACGAAGGAACCCUUUUUACCAGCCGAGGAGAAAAGCGGAGAUCCCGAAAAAAUCGCCUUGAAAAAGAACGUCUCACUUAUCAAUGGUAUUGGCCUUAUUGUGGGUACAGUCAUCGGCUCUGGUAUCUUCGUCUCGCCGAAAGGUAUACUCGAGGAAUCAAACUCAAUCGGGGCUUCUCUACUUGUUUGGCUUGGUUGUGGCGCUUUAGCUUUGUUUGGUAGCCUCUGUUAUGCAGAAUUGGGAACGUGUUUCAAGAAGUCGGGCGGCGAAUAUGCUUAUCUCAUGGAAGCUUUCGGUAGGAUCCCUGCCUAUCUGUUUGCUUGGACUUCAGUGCUGAUCAUUCGACCAGCUUCAGGCGCCAUCAUCGCAUUGAUAUUCGCUGAGUAUGUGACCAAACCGUUUUAUCCUGAUUCACCAGCCCCGACCUAUUUGUUAAAGCUUUUGGCUUGUUCGUGCUUGGGUAAGUGAUUACUACUACUACUACUACUACUACUACUACUACUACUUUUAGAUUCAUUAUAAACCAGGAUAAGUUCGUGAUUGUCUUGUUUUAUUUUGUUUCGCACGUUGUUGUAGCAAGCGAAAUGUGGCUUUUGUAUUGAUCUAGUUUUGUACGGAGCUGUGUUCAUUGUCGCAGCGGGUAGAAACGUGGACAAACCUGCUCUAAGGCUUGGCGGGAAUUUCUGUUUUGUAAACUAAAUUGCUUUUUAUUUACAGUUUUCCGUGAGAUACCACCAAGGUUACCGGCCGUUAACUCCUUUAUGUUUUAGUAAUGAAAAAAUUGUAUAGACUAAGUUCAAGUCCUUGAGCGAAACCGACAAAUUCAAUUUUUAUUCCCAACCACGUGCUUUCAGCUCGAAAACUGCGACUAAAAUCUGGUUAAAAAAAAUCGCUAUACGGUUUUAUCGAGCUUAUUUUCUGAAUUAAAACUUGAAAUACGAUCAAUUAUCAUUAUUGAACGAUUGUACUUUUACGAAUCGCAAAAGAUGACGAUCCCAUUUGUAAUAUUUUGGUCGCCAUGUUUCAUGAUUGCGUCAGAUAUUUGUUAUUCUGAUCCAUUGGAGUGUGAAGCAAUCCAGCUUAACAUUCCUUAGUUCACGUGGGGUUGCUUGGAGAACUUCCAUGACAUUUCUUCAUUCCAAAAAUAGUAGAGAAAAAAAUAUGGGGGAAGAUAUUGAAAACAGUCCUUUGAAAAUGUGCAAAACCUAAACGAUAUUGCCCUGUAAAAUUAAUUUAGUUUUUGGUUACCCAAAAAUAGAGUAUCAUUGCCGUCAAUCUGAUCAAUUAAAAAAGUGUACCCUUUUAUUUGUGUUAUUUUUUUCAACCCCUUCAUUCAUUAUGCAUCCUACACUCAAGCUGCUAUAUAUCAUGAUGCUCAUAAGGAGAUUAUAAAAGGUUUUUGAUUUCUACUUGCACAUGGGCGAUUGUAUCAUUGAAUCACUCAUUAGACGUAAUUUUAUAUGGAAAGUAUUUUUUAGGGCAAUACAGGUGUAUCUAGUCUUUAAUCAAAACAACGUCUUAAAUUCCCUUGAAAAUCCGUCAUUUUUGAUGGAAAACUGCAAACUUUUGUUACAAAAUUUGUGUUUUUUCUUGGAGCACACAUAUUCAGCGCAUUUAGAAAUUUAAGUAUAGUUUUGAAUGUUUUAGAUGUCUUGAGCAAUAUAGUAUGCGCCCAAAUUUUAAGAGCAUUUACGUUUAAGUAUUGAUUAAAAAAGGAGACCUCUUAAAAACCCAAAUGGUUUAUCUAUCUUUAAAUCUUAAUUCAGAGGGAAAAGAGAUACCUCUAAAAUAGUUUUCCAGGGUUUUCAUUACAAGUUCUAGUACACAUGUAGCCGGAGAAAGGUGUAACAUUACAGGAGAAUAUUUUGAAAGGGGCUCCAUGUCUAAAUUAAAAAUAGUCAUAGGCUACUUAACGUUAGCCAGAGAAUUCUGUGUAAUAAACAAAGAAUUCUCUCAUUUCUGAUGCCUAAUGAACGCCUUGGUUUUUCAUUUACAUUUUUUAAAUAACAUUUUUCCACCAUCAAUUCACUUUAUUGAUAAAUUGAUUGGUACACUCCCUAUCCUUCAUUGACUCAAUUUACUCAGGAAACCCCUUUGGACUUUGACAGUUACAGCAUGUAAUAAAUAGUGUCUUUUGGUUGUUGUUAUGACUUUAAUCUUCUCUUUUGACUAACAAAGUGGCUUUUUUGUCAGAAUAAGCACACUGUACAAGCAGAAGGAAAAUGAAAUAUCCUGCGUUUAAACUUUGGCCCUUACAUAUGCACUAUUGACCAAGCAUAAUUUGAUAAAAUCAAGAUAGUUGGUUAUUGGCCAAGUUCUUUUUUUGUGUUUUUAUAGACCACAACAAAAUCAAGGUCCAUUAAAACGCAAAGAAAAGAAU